GGCGGGUUACUUUGUUUCAGGGCUCUCCGCAAACAAGCGGCACGUUGGCACCGUCGCUGCAGCUGUUGCGGCAGCGGCAAUUUCGCCCAAAAAAAGAGGGAGAAAAAAGCCGCCGGAGAGGAAGGGAUGCCGCAGCAGCUGCUGGAAGGGAGGCGCCCGGUGAGGAGCUUCACCUGGUGAAUUGCUGGACCCCGAGAGGAGAGCGGCAGCUGGCUGACUGAGCAGGCAGGAGCGGCAGCUUCCUGGCGGAGAUCCUCGGCCAGGAGAGACGUCCAUGUUGCAGCGUCUCCAUCUCAGAUGCUUCCCAUGAGCUGUCCGACCCCAGCAGCUUCCAUCAUCAUGAUCUAAGAAGGUGUAAAGCCUGGAAUCGAGGAUGGGAGAUUCUCCAGCUGAGACUGCUGGCCAAGUCACCCAGGUCUGUUGCAAAGACACACAGGCGGAGCUCGCCAAAAGGGUCGCGGCUAUCCACGUUGCUGUCAGCCCUGACACUGCUAACCAAAACGGUCAGGGGCCAGCUGAACUGAACAACGUCGUGUUCUCUAAUACUGCGGCCAGCAACCAAAGAAAUAGGGUCAACGUUGAUUCGGGGACGUCUGAAGAACUCGACGGAGCUCAUGAGUUGUGUGUCCCAAAGAAGGCUUUCCUCUCUGGCCGGAAAUACUCGCUUCAAGAAAAGCCUGCUGGAAACUAUUUGGCUUCGGCCGACUCCCUGGGCUUUGGCCCAUACGCCACAGGCCCUUCCACGCACAUCUUGCCACGGAUCUUCCGGAGGCCAACGAUAGAGUCCCAUCGAGUCUCCAUCUCGGAUGCAGCGGAUUGUGUGCAGUUGAACCAAUACCAGUUGAAAAGUGAAAUAGGCAAGGGCUCCUAUGGCGUCGUGAAACUAGCCUACAACGAAAACGACGACCAAUAUUAUGCCAUGAAAGUCCUCUCCAAAAAGAAGCUAUUGAAACAAUACGGAUUUCCACGCCGGCCUCCACCUCGAGGGUCAAAAGCGGCUGCUGCUGGUGGGCAGCCAAAGCCAAUGGCCCCGCUUGAUCGGAUUUACCAGGAAAUAGCCAUCUUAAAGAAACUAGACCACAUCAACAUUGUCAAGCUGAUUGAGGUACUAGAUGACCCCACAGAAGACAAUCUGUACAUGGUGUUUGACCUCCUGCGGAAAGGGCCUGUCAUGGACGUCCCGUGCGACACGCCUUUCACUGAAGAGCAGGCCCGGCUUUACUUCAGGGACAUUGUCCUGGGCAUUGAAUACCUGCAUUACCAGAAGAUCAUCCACCGAGACAUCAAACCAUCCAACUUGCUCCUGGGGGACGACGGGCACGUCAAGAUAGCCGAUUUUGGAGUGAGCAAUCAGUUUGAGGGCAACGACGCCCAGCUCUCCAGCACCGCCGGCACGCCUGCCUUCAUGGCCCCUGAGGCUCUCUCUGAUUCCGGGAAGAGCUUCAGUGGGAAGGCACUAGACGUCUGGGCCAUGGGGAUCACUCUCUUUUGCUUUGUGUAUGGAAAGUGUCCUUUCAUUGAUGAAUUUAUCCUGGUGCUUCACAACAAGAUCAAGAACAAGCCGGUGGAAUUUCCAGAAGAGCCUUGCGUCAGUGAGGAGUUAAAAGGUCUGAUCCUGAAGAUGCUGGGGAAACACCCUGAAACCAGGAUAACAGUCCCUGAAAUUAAGUUACACCCGUGGGUGACCAAGUUUGGAGAGGAUCCUUUGCCUUUAGAGGAGCAGCACUGCACGAUAGUGGAAGUCACUGAAGAGGAAGUGAAGAACUCUAUCAAGACCAUCCCUAGUUUGCCUGCUGUGAUUUUAGUGAAAGCCAUGUUGAGGAAACGAUCCUUUAGCAACCCAUUUGAAACCCAGGGCCGGCGAGAGGAAAGACCUGUGUCAGCUCCAGGAGACUUAUUAAUAAAGCAAGGAAGCCGCGAUAGGAUGAAGGACCCCGAUCUGCCUGAUGUAAAUGAAGAUGAGACGGCUUCCUGAAGCGCCCCAAGCAUGCUGCAGACAGAUCGUUCAGCGGCUGCUACUAUAGCCGUUGUAACCAGCGGUGUUGUCUUGCACGCCAUGCCGUUUUCAUCAACCAACGUUUGUGACUUGCGAAGAACGAGAGACGGAAACAGACACAUAAAACCAAAGGGAUAAAGUGGUGAAAUCCCAGCUGGCGCAACGAGGAUGGAACACUUGGCUCUUCCGCAUAUUUGUUUACAUGGUAAGAUAUUUGGGUGUUGUAUACUGGGCCUAUGUCUCAUUCAGUUGCGUUUCUCGUUGUGGUACACAUAGUCUGCGACACAUGGAAAUCUGACCGAUGAAUGUGCACCUGUUUUGUAAAUAGAGCCAAAUGUUCUCUGCUAGGGAGGGCUUGGUUCCAACCCGUUUGUGUACAUUCUGCCUUCCAAUUUUAUUUUAUUCUAAAAGGCAAGAUAUUUAGUCGUCCAGUUGCUUGCUCAAGCCCGAUGUUGGCAAUUGCCCAAUAAGUAUCUGCAGGGUUGGAAAGGGCUGUAGUCUGCACUGUAGGAAAGGCGUGGAGGGAAGCAAACUCAUCCCACCCCCUCUGAGCUGCUCCACUAAGCACCCGUUUUACCUUUUGGACUUGAGUUGGCCCAACCUCCUCCCAAUAUCAGGUAGAUUGGUACGGCACUUAGGCAUUAGAUGAAUAACAAGGCCUCAGACCACAUUCUCCCAAACCAAGCUAUGUAAGUUUUAAGAGGAUAACAAGUCAAAUGUCUUUUUUUUUUAAAGGAGCCAGUUUUAUAGUAGCUGACCACAAAAGCCAAUUUAAAAAAUUGAACAAGAGAUAAAUGCAUUCAGCUAGAGCGGCUGGAGGCUUGAGGAAUGUUGGCCACACAGAUCAGGAAGAGAGCCUGAGCUUCAAUGGUCGAUACUUAGGUGUCGAAGAGUGGCAGCCGUCAGCAGACGAAGCACAAACUGAAGCAAACCAGGGUGUGUUCAACUAAGUCCUAUUCAAGGGUGUGCUACAAUUCCGCCCAAUUCAGAUUCGGCACCAAAUUUUCUCACCCCUGAAUAAAACCCGACUGAAUCUCUUUCCAUUCUGCAAUCCCAACAAGCUGUAGCUGCCGCUGAUUUUUUACAGUGAUAAGUGUCGGGAAUUGAGCCAGCUUGUGGGCGCGCACAUGGGUGACACAAAUGUGCAUGCAAGUUGCAGCUGUCAAUUUACAUGUGCAGUUGCAAAUUUAGGCUCACUUUCAGAGGGAAAGCUGUUCUAUAAGCAAAGUUUUUAAAAACUUUUUUAAAAAGUGGUGUCUGUGUGUAGCAAAUCCAGGCCUGGUGCAAAAGGGUCAACCCCUAACAGCACCCCUGGCUACCCUAGAUUCGGGGGGCGGGGGAUAAACAAAGCAGUAGUGCAUCACAAAAAUGGUGCAAACAUCGACAGACGAAAAGCUAAUUGCAUUACUAACAGAAGAUCGUAAUUUCACCUGCUUUUUUCCAGCGUCAGCAAGGGAUGGGGGAUAAAUUUGAUUCAGUUCACAUUUAAAGGUGAGCCUACCAAAAUAGCCUUUGCCAAAAUACGCAAGCCAAAACACAGCCACCCUUUGAAGUUUGUACGGUUCUGAAUUUUGCAAUGCAGGUCUCCAGCCCAGUGAUAUAUGCAAAGAUGCAUAUACCAGGGCAAGUUACAUGCAUAAAAAUGUGUAUGAGUGAAAAUCACAUAUAAGUAUAUCAGGGAGCAUUGCUUUGCCAAAACUUGUAUGUCAGGAAGAAUUGCGUAGAAAAAUGGUGUAUGUUGGGAGAAAUUUGCACGAAAAUGCUUGUCAAUUUCCAUGAGUUUUUUUUUUUUUUUUAAAUCAUGAAAGUGGAAAUGUGGGCAAUUAAAAAAACUAGAAAAAUGAGAAGCUGAAAUGGACCUAUUCAUCCACUUCUUAGUCAUCUGCUUUGCAGCUAGUUAUAUUCUUGACGUUGUAAUGGUGCCUUAAUUAAUUAAAGAGUUUUUAAAAAACAGCCACCACGAUGCUGAGAACCUAGGGGAGAUGGUUUGAAUCCUCCAGGCUGCACAGUUAUUUUUGUUGCUCUGUACCCCAGCUGCAGGCCUGUUGUGUGUCGGUAGGUGUCUAUGUUCAUUGUGAAAAUCAACUAUCUGUAUGGACAUAUAUAUGUAAUAUAUUUUCCCGCUGGAAACUGAGAGCAUGAAAGCGCAGUCAUUCACAGUGAUGGCUUCAGAAGCUAUUGCACUGUAAAUAUGUACCAUGAAUAGAGUGCCUAUUUUGGGGUGGGGUGGGGGUUGCAUGUUUUUGUACUCUAGAGAAUGAAAGGGCAGGGAGUAGGGGUGGAAAUGUCAAUAAAGUACUUGGAAUAAACGCAUUUGACUG